UAUUAUUUGAACCUUUAACAGGCUCCACGUUGCUUUGCUUCAACCAGAAACAGGCUGUACUUUGUGACGGACACGUGAUUGUAACUUGGCCACUCAGCACUUCCUGUUUUGACAGUGAACAACAGUGGACAGAUUCGUGGAGAGCAGGCUGAAGAAGGUCACAGAUGAACUAACUGGCAGGGGACACUACCACUGACCACCCAACCGCUGAACAAGGUCAAUACGACAACAAGAGGAAGUGUGGUAUCACGGUCUGUCACGUUUUGAUACAGGGUUGAGGAUUCAGAUUGUGGCGCAGGGUGACAGACAGACGAGUGGAACGAGUAACGUCAUCGGUGACGAUGGAGAAGACAGUGACUGUGUCCAAUGGAGCAGGGAUGGUGUAUGCUGAGAAGGAACCAGACACCACUCUCAGCCCUGAGGACCUGUCGGAGCUGCUGGCAGCGGGGACCAAGGAGGUGCAUGAGAAGGCCGAGAGCACCCAGUUUGUCAAAGACUUUCUCAGGGGACGGAUCCGCAAAGAGCUCUUCAAGCUGGGUGCCGUGGCUCUCUACUUCACCUACUCUGCCAUGGAGGAUGAGAUUGAGAGGAACAAGGACCACCCCCACUUUGCCCCACUCUACUUUCCCAACGAGCUGCACCGCCGCGAGGCCCUGGCGAGGGACCUGGAGUACUUCUACGGAGCCGACUGGCAGGACCAGGUCAGCUGCUCCUCGGCCACCCAGCACUACGUGGACCGCAUCCACCAGGUGGGACGCGAGGACCCUGUCCUGCUGGUGGCCCACGCCUACACCCGCUACAUGGGGGACCUGUCCGGGGGCCAGGUGCUGAAGAAGGUGGCCCAGCGGGCCAUGAAGCUGCCGCCCACAGGGGAGGGCCUUGACUUCUACACGUUCGACGCCAUCCACAGCGCCAAAGCGUUCAAGCAGCUGUACCGCAGCCGGAUGAACGAGCUGGAGCUGGACAGGGAUACCAAGGAUAGGCUGGUGGUCGAGGCCAACCUGGCCUUCCAGUUCAACAUGGAGGUGUUUAACGAGCUGGAGGAGAUCGGGAAGACCAUCCAGGAGGAGGUGCUGGAUGCAGGCAUGCCUGUCCACGGAGCCACGGAUGGAGACAUCAACAAGUGCCCAUAUUAUGCAGCCAAGACGGUGGCCAGCGGUGGGUCAGCCUAUGCCUGUCAGCUGGCCAUGGCCGUGCUCCGACACCCUACCGGUCAAGUCCUGUUCGCUGCCUGGGUCGCCGCCCUGGCCGGAUUGGCUGCAUGGUACCUCAUGUGAUCUAUCCAUCGUCCAAUCACUGUCCGGCAGGGAAACGGGAAGGAGAAGGAGAGAGAAAAGUAGCCGUAAGAGGCAAUGAAAAAUGGGCAGUUCCGUAAUUGCUUGGAUGAGAAGUCCGUCCAUUCCCAGUGCUUGUAACUUUUCCUCCUCUUGCUCUACCUCCCUCUUACCCUUCCGUGCCUGUUGUGGCUGGGCAUAUCUCAAGUCCUUUUGUAGAUCACUUUCAUAGCUUUAUACCUACACCAUUAUGAAAGCUCUAAGAAGAACGGGUGAGUUGGUCCUUUUGAGAGAAACGUAGGUGUGCAUUUAAAAAAAAAAAAAAAAAAAAACGUUUUGGUUAUGAAGUGGGACGUAUUUCUAUUUCAUGAAAUAGUGUCUGGCUUUGAUAUUAGUCAAUUUUGUGCAAUUGAUUAUAAAGUUGAGUAUAAAAUGAAGCAUAAACUUAUUUGGAAUAUUUCAGAGCAACAAUGUGCUUUGGCAACACAGAACAAGCUAUGCAUAUAUAUUGCAUGAGUAGGCUAGUUGAGUUAAAACUGCAGGGCAGACAACCCUGUUAAAAGUUGACCAUUAAUAUAACCUGGUUUUAUAUUGACUAAUUUGUGUUGAAUGGUUGCUGAGCACAAGAUGUGAGGUCUGGCGGACUUGAGAACGGUUCCUAACGGUUGUUAAUGGAUGUCCAAGGGGUAUGUUUGCAGACCUGAAAAUCCUGAGCCAUACACUUUCCAAAAGGACAAUACUGUAGUGGGUUAACCUUUUAUCACCUGCUCCUUCCUUCCUUCUGUACCCCUAAUGCUCUAUGAUGAUACCAUAAUAGCUUGAACUACCUGUACACAUGUAUGAGGUGCCUGGCAGGAUGGGCUGACCUCCAGAUCAGAAAGCUGUCAUCUGUCAUUCUAGAUAUUUGGUUGGGUUAGAACCGGUAGUGUACUGUAUAUGUGUUGCUAAUAUGUAGUUUGAGUGGAAAUGUAGUAGAAAAAUAACCACCUCCUUAAUGCAAGUGAGAAAUACUUCAAGCCUCAUGAUGAAUAGCUGGAAGUUACUGCAAUUUUCAUUUCUGAAGUCUAUAAUAGUUCUUGAAUUGUUUCUUGGAAUGUUUAUUUUCAGCUGUUACAGUCACAUAUACCCAACAUUCAUUUUUUGUAGACUGAAUUAAACUUUUGGGGGGUAGAGGAGAGCUGAUGGUAGGGAAACUGAAACAUCCGUCCGCGGAAGGCCCAAAAAAGUGUGUCCCCAGCACGGAGGCAUUUGUUUUAGUGAGUUUUCUACCGGCGGCAGCAGACCAGUGGAAGAGCGAGCCCUGAGCCACUGUAGGGUUUCAGACCCGGGCUCCAGAGCAGGUCGGUUCAGGUCACGCCACACAGGUGAUACAAGACACCUCACCUUAUGUUUCUCAGUUUAUGCAGUAUCUAUCCAUGGUACGUAUAGCAUAUGCACUGCCUUUGACAUUGCUAUGAUGGAUGGCCAAACAGAUGUGUGAGUGGUAUGAAGUGAUGGGAACCAUGGUUUUUAUAUUCCGUUUUUAGAAGUAGCAUGAGGGUAUGCUAACUGGCAGGAGCGAACGGUUGUUCAUUGUCAUCAUAAAUAAAAUGCACAUUCCCCAAAUUGUUUCUACAUUACCCAACCUAUUUUUUUCUGCUGAAAGGCUUCAAUAUGCAGUAAAUACCAAAGGACACACUUGCAGGCAUUUAUCUCAGUCUCAGUUUUGAAGUGGUGAGUGUGGGUCUUCAGCUUUACAGUCCUUCAGAGAUCUCAUUCACAGACUAAUUGAAGGCUGUGUCAACUUCCUUGAUACCCUCUCAUCUAUGAAUGUGAAAUAGUGCUCAUUCAUGUAUCAAAGAUGAAGUGUUUUUGGACCAAUGCCACUGUAGUGUUAAUCUGGAGCGACAGUCUUUGGUUUAGGAUAAGAAAGGGGAGUGUGAGACUAAUGCAAGGCUUGUCAUAUUCUAAUAACUCAAAGUGAUGUCAGGAAUACACCAAAAGGCAGUAGGCCACAACUGAUGUGACAGCUCCUCGAAAAGCCUUUUCCUUGCGCGCACACACUUUUGCUGGUGGCACGCUGUAUCUUUAAGUGGUAGGAAAUGAAAACCCUACUUGAUUUAUUAGAAUUAUUGUCUUGCUUAAUUCCCUGCCUUUCAAAUGCUCUCCGCAAAACACCUGACAGCACUGUCUACGGCUGGUGGGUAUUGGUCAAGAAUGGUGUUUGGUUGUCCCCCCAUUUUCUUUUCUUAAUGCCAGCACAACAUGAUGCAUUUUUGUAACCAUGGGGACAUAACUGAAUCGAAUGCAGUAUUGUGGCUAUUUUGAGACUAAAACCUCAGGAGAGUGGGUGAGUGUUUGAGAAUUCGACUUAAUGGAUCCCCGUUGACCUCAGUAAGCAGAGUGUCUCACUGGGUCACAUUGGGGGCAAACACAGGUCCUGUAUGGCAUUUUACUGCGAGUGGUCAUUGACCAAUCCAUUUUCAUAAAUGUAACUUGUUAGCUUUAUUGUUGACUGACAUGACAAGUGUAAAAUGGUUUGUGAGUAGAGCAGCAGGUCGCAGUAUUAGGCUACAUUGUAUUGACUGUAAUUAAAUAAAAUACAGAUUUUCUGGAAUCAA